AUGUCUACUGAAUCCGCUUUGUCCUACGCCGCCUUGAUCUUGGCUGACUCCGGUCUCGAGAUCUCCGCCGACAAGUUGGCCACUUUGACCGCCAAGGCUGACGUGCAAGUCGAGCCCAUCUGGACUGAGAUCUUCGCCAGAGCCUUGGAGGGCAAGGACUUGAAGGAGUUGUUCUUCAACAUUCAGGCUGCCCCUGCUGCUGGUGCCGCUGCUGCCGGUGCUGGUGCUGCUGCUGCCGGUGGUGCUGAGGAGGCUGCUGCUGAGGAGAAGGAAGAGGAGGCCAAGGAGGAGUCUGACGACGACAUGGGCUUCGGUUUGUUCGACUAA